AUGGAAUUAGAAAAAAAUUAAGAAGAAAAUAAUUUUUAGGAAGAAAUAGGAAAAGGUGCUUUUGGAUAAGUAUAUUUAGGAAUAAAUAUUGAAACAAAAGAAGAAGUAGCAAUAAAGUAAAUGAUGAAAAAAGAAUUCUUAAAAGAACCUAAACUAAAUGAAUUAUUUUAAACAGAAGUAAAUAUGAUGAAAGCAAUUAAAAAUGAGAAUGUAGUAGGUUUUGUUGAUUAUUUCUAAGAUUAAUAAUCUCAUUUUCUUGUUAUUGAAUAUUGCGGAGAUGGUGAUGUUUAUGAAUUUUUGAGAAAUUAGCCAAAUAAAAGAUUACCUGAAAAUGUAUCUAAGCCUUAUUUUAAAUAACUCUUAAACGGAUUUAAAGGAUUACAUUAAUACAGAGUAGUCCACAGAGACUUAAAAUGUUAGAAUAUAUUUAUUAAAAAUGGUGUCUGGAAAAUAGGCGAUUUAGGGUUCGCAAAAAGUCUUUAAAGAGAAAGUAUUACAACCACUAUAUUAGGCACGUGUUUGACUAUGGCUCCUGAAUUAUUUGAAAAUAAAUAAUAUGGAUUAGAAGUAGAUAUAUACAGUUUAGGAGUAAUUUUCUAUUAAAUUUUAUUUGGAAAUUUUCCAUUUAUAGGAAAAAAUGACUAAAAUUAACUAUAUUUAAUCAAAAAUACAUAAUUAAAUUUAAAUUUAAAUGAUGUUGUAAUUUCAAAUGAUUUAAAAGAUUUGCUAUAAAAAAUGAUUUGUUAUGAUAGAAAUAAAAGAAUAACAUGGUAAUAAAUGUAUGAACAUCCUGUAUUUAAUGAAGAAGUUAAAAAUUCAAUAUUUUUAAGUGUACGAGCAAAUAAUUUAAUAGGAUAAAGAAUUAGUUUAGCAGAAAAUAAAAAAAUGUAUGAAUAACUGUAAAAUUAAUAAUAGUAAUAAUUACAUUUACAAUAAUAGUAAUAAAUGUAUUAACAAUAAUAAUAAUAAUAAUAAUAAUAAUAAUAAUAAUAAUAAUAAUAAAAAAUACCUUCACAAAAGAAAUGUAAAUAUAAACAAAUUUUAAAUAUUUAUAUAUAAAUAUUUUUAUAAAUUUUAAAAUAGAUGUAUGGAUAUUGUAUGAAAGUUGUUGAAUAAGCCUAUAAAUUACCUAAAAUUAACUUGAAUAAGCAUUUACCUAUAUUUUUAAUGCAGAAAUAUGUUAAAGAAAUGAAUUAAUAAAUUUUAAAUUUUCUUUUAGAAAAAAAAAACAUUUUUAAUUUUGAAUACUUCAACGAUUUUUUAAAUUCUAAGUUUUACAUUGACAUUAUAAAUUAUUUAUAAGCUGAAUAAGAAAUUAUUAGACUUUAUUUUGAAUCUCUAUAAUCUGACAUUCUUUAAAUCAUGAAAAAUGCUAAUCAUUAAAAUGAAUAAUUAUUACUUGAAAUUAAAGAAUAAAACUUUACUUAAAAUUUCUUUAAUUUAUAUACAUAGAAUUUGAUUAAUUAUUGCUUUAAUUUACAAAAUUAUAUGUUAGAAUACAAAGAUCCUAUUAUUUAAAAAUAAUUUUUUACUCAUAUGAUUUGUGUCUUGGAAGUUUCAGUUCUUGAAAAACUUUACUAAGAUAAAUUUGGGUUUGAUUUUGAUAAUCAUUUAAAUUAGAUUGAAAAUAUUCCUAAUAAUUAAUAUGAAUAAAUUUUAAAUAAUUAGCUUGAAUAAGUCUACAAUUGAAAUAUAAAAA